AUCAUCUGUCAUUUGCUUUCAGCUAACUCUAUUUAAUCUUAAUUAUUUUGGAAUAUGGAAAGUACCAAUAACAUCACUGAAUUUAUACUGCUAGGACUUUCCCAGAACAAGAAAAUUAAAAUUCUAUGUUUUCUGCUGUUCUUGUUUUGCUACACAGCUAUUUUGGGAGGAAACCUGUUCAUAAUGAUUUCUAUAACACUUAGUCGACUAAAUGAACAACCCAUGUAUUUCUUCCUUAAUUGCCUUGCUUUGUCAGACCUGUGCUACACCUCCACAGUGACUCCCAAGCUUCUCACUGGCUUUCUCAUGAAAAGAAACAUGAUUUCUUAUGCCAGCUGCAUGGCUCAGCUCUUCACCAUGCACUUCUUUGGAGGAACUGAGAUCCUCAUCCUCACAGUGAUGGCCUAUGACCGCUAUGUGGCCAUCUGCAAGCCCCUGCACUACACCAUCAUCAUGAACAGGGGGAGGUGCCAUGCCAUGGUGGCUGCUUGCUGUGUUGGUGCUUUCAUCCAUUCUUUUCUCCAGAGCUUCCUUGUUACGAGUCUUCCCUUCUGUGGCCCCAAUGAGAUGGAUCACUAUUUCUGUGAUGUUUAUCCUUUGCUGUCACUUGCCUGUACCAAUACAUACACAGUCGGAUUUCUCGUGGUUGCAAAUUCAGGCAUGAUGGGACUAGUGACCUUCAUGGUCUUGAUGUGGUCUUACUCUUUCAUAUUAUACACCAUCAGGGCUUACCCUGCAGAGAGCCGUGGGAAAGCUCUUUCUACAUGCAGUUCCCAUGUCACUGUUGUCAUUUUGUUUUUUGUGCCUGUACUUUUCAUUUAUAUUAGACCAGCUGCCUCUUAUCCAGAAGAUAAAGUGUUUGCUCUUUUCUACACAAUCAUAGCUCCCAUGUUCAACCCUCUGAUCUACACACUGAGAAACAUGGAGAUGAAGAAUGCCCUGAGGAAAGUUUGGUGUCAUAACAUAUUUUUUAUUGGAAUAAGGAUGAUAAUAUUCACUGCUAAAUCAGAGCAUGAGACAGCUAAAGCAUGUUGCUCAUUGUCUUUCUAAAUCUUGAACCAUUUGAAUGUAUGAAAGUCCAUGUUUAAUCAAUACUCGUAAAUAAUGGUAACUUUCAUGUGUGAAUUGUAAAUAUCAUCUCUUGCAAGAUAAUGAUCAAGGAUUACUAAGAAAUGUAAUAUUAAUAUGCAUUCCCUGUGACUCUUAUUAAUAUAUUUUUAAAAUAUCAAAUUCAACAUUACAUGUUAUAGUCUUAACUUCUGUGUCAUAUUUUCUGAAGAAGGUGAGAUGUUUGUAUGGAAGAUCCUGAUCCCUGUGUCAGUCUUUUUACAAACUGCAAGGAACCAUACAGUUGGCUUGGCCUACCUUUCUUCAGAGCUAUGUAUCAUAUGUUCUUCAGGCUAGAGUCCAUGGCUCCUGGGGCACACUGUGACUUUCAGUUCCUGACAGACCAAUGCCAUCUCUUAGGCAGCGAAGCGUUCAGGCCACUUUGUGUUUCUCUGUAUGCUCCUUUUGUAGUCAAGGAAGCAUGAAGACUUGACAGGACAGUUGUUCUUCAUUAUUAAUCUUGUGUACUCUGUCUAGUUUGCAAACUACUAGAGCCUGGCAACCCAACUGUAUCGUUUGUGUCAAUUUCCUUUAUAUUCUAUUUAUGAUAAAGGUAUAAAAAAUCUGAUUGUUCUCAA